AUGUCUGCUGAGGGACAAGCCCGACCACUAAGGAAUGGUUCAUCCCAGGGGUUACCUACUCCCCCAGCAGGUCAACCAGUGUUUGAACAACUCUCAUCAUCAAGGAACACCAAGUCCCGCAGGGUUGCAAUUACUACGUUGCUCGUCUUAGCAAAUCUUGUCCAGAUGACUGUCAAUUUUGCCGGCAUUGCUGGUGGUAGUCGACUGAGUCAAUCCAUGGGAGUUGACAAAACAUACGCCUCUUGGAUUGGAGCAAGUUAUCCAAUGACCCAAGGUACAUUGGUUCUGAUCAGUGGUCGACUGGGAGAUGUCUAUGGACACAGAGAGCUUCUGCUCGCUGGCGGUGCAUGGCUCAGCAUUACCACAUUAGCCAGUGCCUUUUGUAACCAUACCUUUUUUGCUUUCGUCAUAAUGCGAGCUCUUGGAGGCUUAGGGGGUGCCUUUAUCAUGCCCAAUGCAGUAGCCAUGAUCUCGAGCACCAACCCUCCUGGUCGUGUGCGAAACCUCAGUCUGAGUUUCUUUGCUGCAUCUGCGCCCAUAGGUGGUUAUUUCGGGGCAUUGUUCCUCGGUGCAUUCAUGGAGAAAGCAGAAUGGAAGUGGUUUUUUGUGUUUAUAGCCGGUCUCGGUGUUGUCACUUCCCUUGCCAUUUGGGCACUCAGCUCUUGCGAGACUCCAGUUGACCAGCAUGGCAAGAUAGACGUUGUGGGUUCUGCUCUAGGUGUUGGCUCAUUGGUUCUAUUUAACUUUGUUUGGAAUCAAGCUCCUAGUGUCGGAUGGCAAACACCCUACGAGGUUGCCCUCCUCAUCCUAUCGAUCUUUCUCUUCUGUGCAUUUCUUGUCUGGGAAAAGCGAUAUACUGCCUAUCCAAUUAUGCCGCUUGAGAUUUUCAAAGCACCAUGCUUCCUUGUCGUUAUCCUUGUUGUGCUUCUCAACUAUAUGGCAGUCGGAACUCUGAUCUGGUACCAAGUCCUGUGGUUGCAAGAGGUUUGGAAGUGGACUCCCCUUCAAUUUGCAGUUGGAUGGACCCCGUUCGUCAUCUGUGCCACGGCAGCCGCCUGUCUUGCUGCUUGGCUGGUUCCUCGCGUGUCAGCCCAGUGGAUUUUAGCAAUUGGAACCUGCACGAUCUUGGCUUCGAAUGCACUGAUGGCGACUGUUCCGCUUCAUCAAAGCUACUGGGCCCAGAUUUUCCCCUCUGUUGUGUUCUUUGCUUUCUGUCCUGACUUGGUGUAUACCGCUGGACAGAUCAUUGCUAGUAAUUCUGUUCGCCGACACCAGCAAGGUAUCGCAGGCUCUAUUAUUGGCACAUUGAAUCUCUACGGGAAUAGUCUUGGAUUGGGGUUCGCUUCCACUAUAGAGGUUCAAAUCACCAAAAGUUCGGGAAGCCAGGUCUUGGGCUACCGAUCGGCACUCUACUUUGGUGUUGCAAUUAGUAUUCUAGGCCUCAUAUUGGAUGUCGGGUUUGUUAGACUGGUGAAAGAUGAUCGUGAGGGAUGGAGUGAAGAAGACCGCAUGCAGAUUCAUGAGAUGGAGCUUGCUAAUCUUGCUGAGACCACUGGUGCUGAUCGUCUUGCAGCAAUCGGAAGAUUGUGA